CGUGUCUGCGCGCGCAUGCGUACUGCCGGCGCCCCGUCAACUCUAUGGCGAAUCCUCUUCGUCGCGGCUGCUGACAAAAUGGCGGCGGCAGCGGCGUCGGCGGCGGGGCCUCCCGGGUUAGGCUUUGAUUUUGGCCCAAACAGCGCCCUCGAGAGCCGCGUCUUGGCUUACACGUUGCACCGAUGGAGCAGCUUCUCCUCCACUUAUUUGCCAGAGAAUAUUUUGGUAGACAAGCCCAAUGAUCAGUCGUCACGGUGGUCCUCUGAAAGCAACUACCCUCCACAGUAUCUCAUCUUGAAACUUGAAAGACCUGCCAUUGUUCAGAGUAUAACAUUUGGAAAAUAUGAGAAGACCCAUGUCUGUAACUUAAAGAAGUUUAAAGUGUUUGGUGGGAUGAAUGAAGAAAACAUGACAGAUCUAUUAUCUAGUGGCUUAAAGAAUGACUAUAACAAAGAAACCUUUACCUUAAAGCAUAAAAUUGAUGAGCAGAUGUUUCCGUGUCGAUUUAUUAAGAUAGUUCCAUUGCUGUCUUGGGGCCCCAGUUUCAAUUUUAGCAUCUGGUAUGUUGAACUCAGUGGCAUUGAUGAUCCAGACGUAGUGCAGCCCUGCCUCAAUUGGUACAGCAAGUACCGUGAACAGGAAGCUAUUCGCCUCUGUCUGAAGCACUUUCGCCAGCACAACUACACAGAGGCUUUUGAGUCUCUGCAGAAGAAGACCAAGAUUGCGCUGGAGCACCCCAUGCUGACAGACCUCCAUGACAAGUUAGUCCUGAAAGGAGACUUCAAUGCUUGUGAAGAGUUGAUAGAAAAAGCUGUGAAUGAUGGUUUAUUUAACCAGUACAUCAGUCAACAGGAGUACAAACCACGAUGGGGACAGAUAAUUCCCAAAAGCACCAAAGGUGAUGGUGAAGACAGCAGACCUGGAAUGCGAGGUGGUCAUCAGAUGGUGAUUGAUGUUCAGACAGAAACGGUGUAUUUGUUUGGAGGCUGGGAUGGUACACAGGACCUGGCAGACUUCUGGGCAUACAGCGUGAAGGAGAACCAGUGGAUGUGCAUAUCAAGAGACACUGAAAAAGAGAAUGGUCCCAGUGCCCGGUCGUGUCACAAGAUGUGCAUUGACAUCCAGCGAAGACAGAUCUACACACUCGGUCGUUACCUGGAUUCUUCUGUGAGGAACAGCAAGUCUCUGAAAAGUGACUUCUAUCGCUAUGAUAUUGACACAAACACAUGGAUGCUCUUAAGUGAGGACACUGCAGCGGAUGGAGGUCCCAAGUUAGUGUUUGACCAUCAGAUGUGCAUGGAUUCAGAGAAGCACAUGAUCUACACCUUUGGUGGUCGGAUUUUGACCUGCAAUGGCAGCGUGGAUGACAGCAGGGCCAGCGAGCCACAGUUCAGUGGCCUUUUUGCUUUUGACUGUCGAUGUCGGAUGUGGAGGCUCUUGCGAGAGGAUUCCUGUAAUGCUGGCCCUGAAGAUAUCCAGUCCAGAAUAGGGCACUGCAUGUUGUUCCAUUCAAAAAAUCGUUGCCUGUAUGUGUUUGGUGGACAGAGGUCGAAAACAUACUUGAAUGACUUCUUCAGUUACGACGUGGAUUGCGAUCAUGUGGACAUCAUAUCAGAUGGCACGAAGAAAGAUUCAGGGAUGGUUCCGAUGACAGGGUUUACCCAAAGAGCUACCAUUGAUCCAGAACUGAACGAAAUCCAUGUGUUGUCUGGACUUAGUAAAGACAAGGAGAAGAGGGAAGAGAAUGUUCGGAAUUCCUUCUGGAUUUAUGACAUUGUGCGAAACAGCUGGUCUUGUGUCUAUAAGAAUGAUCAAGCAGCCAAAGAAAAUCCAAGCAAAAGCCUUCAAGAGGAGGAGCCUUGCCCACGCUUUGCACACCAGCUUGUGUACGAUGAGUUGCACAAGGUUCAUUAUUUGUUUGGAGGGAAUCCAGGCAAAUCCUGUUCUCCAAAGAUGCGGCUGGAUGACUUCUGGUCCCUGAAGCUCUGCCGUCCUUCCAAGGAAUACCUACUUCGUCACUGCAAAUACCUAAUAAGGAAGCACAGGUUUGAAGAGAAGGCUCAAUCAGACCCACUGAACGCCCUAAAGUACCUGCAGAAUGACUUAUAUGUCACAGUGGAUCACUCAGACCCCGAGGAAACAAAAGAGUUUCAGCUCCUUGCUUCAGCCCUCUUCAAGUCUGGCUCCACUCUUGCCACUCUGGGGUUUUCCGAUGUGGAUCACAUUUACGCCCAACGAACUCAGCUGUUUGAUACUUUGGUGAACUUCUUCCCCGACAACAUGACGCCUCCAAAGGGCAACCUGGUCGACCUCAUCACUCUGUGACAGGCAGCUUUCAGAGGUGGAGACAGAGAUGUUCAAGGAGGAAAAGAAGAUUUUGGCUUCCAGUAUUUUUUUAAAACGAAUUUUGUGUGCACACGCAUUGAUUGGAGUGACUGGUGGACUUCAGCGAUUGAGGACAAGCCAGCUUUGAAAGGGGCUUUAUGGGUAAUGCCAAAUGGGACUCAGCUAAUAAUAAUAAUAAUAAUAAAAAUAAUUGCCGUACAUCUGAAGGAGAAAACAAAUUAUAUAUUUUCUGACUUUGGGUUUUUAAAGGUUGAUGAACACUGACCAGAAGAAAGGAAUUGUGUGGUCAUCUGAGUUGUUUAUACUGUCUUGGGGUCCCUGGUGUGCUGCAUAUCCAUGACUUUUUUAUGUGGGAGGGGGAGGUCUUUUUGGCUUUGUAGUUUUGUCCCAAGAAUCGUUUUUGGUUGUUUUCAGCUUUACUCUCUGUGUGUUUUCACCAGUAGCAGACGACGCUGGUGUUAUGUGAGGGUUGUGUGUCUCUGUGUAUGUCUGUCUCUCUCUGUCGACUCAAGUCUUGUAACUGCAGUGUGACUGUGUGUGUAGAAGAGCUAAAUUGUGGUCCAUUCACCAUAGAGAAGGCAAACAGUGCCCUCUGGCGGUCCUCAGAUCUGGCUGAGGAGCCAAAUCAUAAUGCUCUGAAGGUAGCACUGUACUGAAACUAUCCAACCAGAUGAUGAAAGGAGGCUCACUCCAUGCUUGGUGAAUAAAGUAGUAGUGGACACACAGUAGAAGAAACCUGUGGCAGGGGAAGAGCCUGGCAAUAAACCUCAUGACUCUCUUUGAACCGAAUAAUAGAAGAAGGUAUAUACAAACUCUGAAAUGCAGCUUUUUUCCACCUGUCUGAUUUCAGAUUCAGGGAAUAGCAGAAACGAUGCUGGCAGAGAAGAAAGGGAAAGCAUGUUCUCUGUGUAGAAUGCCUUUCUUUUCCAAGCCUGCCAUCACUGUUUUGUUAUAAUAGUUUGCUUGGAAGGGGAUAUGUUGUGAGCACGCAUGAUGUCUUCCCUUGUUCAGUGGUAUUUUUGCUCAGCCAAUGGCAGCCUGUUUCCUCUUCAGGCCCCUUCUUAACCAUCUAAACCAGGCAUGGGCAAACUUUGGCCCUACAGGUGUUUUGGACUUCAACUCCCACAAUUCCUAACAGCCUACUGGCUGUUCACCCAUGCCUGCACUAUAACCUCUGAAUUUCUUUAUCAUUUUCUGAGCUCUUUUCAAUAAGGGACUUUGACGUAGGUAAGCUGCACUUAAAUGGUUGUGAGUCCCUAACAAGAUGCAAGCCAGCAUCUCCCACAAACUAUAUGGAUCAGGAUUGGGCAAGGUUGCAGGCCUCCAGCUGUUUUUGGACUAUGAUUUUCAUCUGCCCUAGCAACAUAGGCCAUGGUAAGCAAAGCUGGAAGUUGCUCUCCAACAACAGCAGGAGGGCUACACUUCACCUGUCCCUGGCCUUGCUACUAUCUGUCUUAUCCUGUUUUUGUCAUACUCUUCAGACUGGCAAUUGUGGCUGUCCAGAUGCUGCACUGCAAUUCCCAGCCUUCCUCUCUAUUGGCUAAUCUGGCUAGGGCUGACUCCAACAGCAACAGGAGAGGCGUGUAUUUCUCACCCUGUCCUGGAGACAUUCACACAGGCUUUUUCGAUGUGGGUUUUAUUAUGCUCUCAGUGAUGUCAACUAAAUUGAGGUGAGACCUGGCUUCUUUUUUCCUCCUCCUCCAUGCUUGCCUUCCCCUUGAUCACCAGCCUCAAGCAUUUCUAUAAUAGGAAAGGAAGGAAGGUAAUGUCUGAAUUUACCUGCCCAUGACAAUUGAAACCAGUGGCUCUCAAAAAGGUUGCUUUUAGUUAAAUGAAAUAGAUUUCUUUCACAAUAGUGAAUGGCGGAAACCACAAAAGACUGCAGUGUACGCUUGUGUGUGUAUGUAUUUGUGUGUUGUUAUGUUGCUUAUGUUUUAGGACAACUGUGACUUCAAAUGAAACCUUGAGCUGCCCGACCUUCUCCAAGGAAAUCUGUGGAAUGCACAUUGGACUGGAAUUUAUUGAAAAGAGUGUGUGAUUUUCUAAAAUUGUGUGCCGACACUUUUAUUAAUAGUGGCUGAUACAGCUGGGUUAUCAACCUUCAGGUGCUGUUGGACUGAAACUCCAAGCAGACUAGCCAGUUGCAAGGAAUGCUGGGAGUCUCAGUCCAGAAUAAUUUGUAACCGCAUCCUGCGGAAACAUUGCUUCACUGAUAAUUUAUAUAACUUCAUUGUGUGUGGAUGCCUUUUUAGUGGGAUGAUUUGCUGAAGAACAAAUUCUAGUUGGUGAAACCAUCUUUGUGUGCUGAACACCUAAAUUCAAUGGCUCUGUGGAAGUCCCAUGUUUUGUGACAUUACACAAUUGUGUUUGGACAUCAUAGUUAACUAUGACUCAUGGCAGUCUUCCUCAGAUGGAUGUUCUCCAGAUGUUUUCUCUAUCAUUUGUCAUGCUGAUGGGAGAUAACUUUUGGAGAGAAUUAUGGGAGAAUGGCUGGCUUUUGGUGGCAUUCAUAAACAAUAAUGAACUCCUGCCUCACAUCUCCCCAUCAUACUCCACUAGCUGGGCCUUUGGAAGCUUUUCCUUUUCCUUUUGGUUAAUGUCUGUUUGCCACUGGAUCUGUCCAGGGAUUGUAAUUUAUGGAAAUAAGCUAGCUUCACAUAAAUUAGGGUUUAAAGUUGGCUUGUUGGUUUGUUUUGUGCUUGUGUUAACCCACAAUCUCUGGUUCAGGCAAAGUGCAAAGCUUGGGGACAUAUUAAAUGAGAAACCUUCCUAAAUAUUGGUGGACCAGGGGAAAUUUAAGGUAAGAGCAGUUUGCUGGUUUAUCACGAUGACUGGAUUGGACUUUGAAGUGAUUGACCUGCAACAGAGAAAUCAGGUGACGUAGUGCCUAUUUUUAAAACAGCAAUUUUUCUCUUCCUCCCUUUCUCUCUCUCUCUCUGCAUUGUGUGGACCUUAGGUAAUUUUUUGAAACUUUUUGUAUUUAAGAUAAAUUUUGCAUUUGUCAAGCGUGUUGCGUGUACUUGCCAGUAUUGCUUUUGACAACUAGACUGUGUUGCGAAAUUGUUUGUAUCUUCACCACUGAAGCAUUAUUGUGUGGGAAGGCAGGAAGGAAGAGUUCUCUUUGAUCCUAAAAUAUUUGUCCAGUUGCUCCUCUGAGGAUAUUUUUCUCACUAGUGAGAGACUCUUGGCAUGGCAUGAACCCACAUUUUAUUCUCAGUAAUAUGCAUGUCACUUCAUAACAUAUUCCCUUUCCCCAUCAUGUAUGUUUCCUUCUGUAGAGUGAAAGAUUAAUUUAAAGUUGAUUGCUGCUCUUCCUACAAAGCAGUCCUGUUCCUUUGGGCAAAGACUGAUUGGGCAAAAGCAGGCCUCUGGACUCAUGAUAUUGCUCAAAGAUGCCUGUUGGUACCAGUUUAGGGGGGUAUAAACCAGAUGGCAUCUUGGUGUCAUCUCCAAGACAUGGUGGGAUCCCAGACUUACUAACAUCUUGGAGAACGUACUGGUUUGGAUUACAGCUCUCAGAUUCUCCUGGUCAACGUGUGGCCAGGCUGACUGCAGGAUGCUUAGAGUUGUAGUCCAGAAACUACAGCUACUCCUUUGUAGUUUAGAGCCAAAGGCCUUGGGAUUUUCUGAAAUUCAUUGGUGGUUCACAAAAUGUAAGACCAGGCACUUGCAAUAAAUGACAAGAUGGUUAAAAAGGCAGGGGCCACCAUUUUGCUUCCAUAUUUUACCAGGAAGCUUCCAGAGAUGUCUAGCAUCUCUUCAUUGUUGGAUGCCAAAUGCUAGUCUAGAUGGUCCUCCACUUUGGCAAGGAGGUUCUUGGGAUUACUGGGUGGCUUGCCAGGAGUCCUUAUCUGUUGGCAUAAGUGUGAAAAACCACGGAAAAUGGCAAUGCCUGGUGCCUGGAUGUUGGCACCCCGCCACCAGCUGAGUUUUGUCCUGUACCAAUGUCCAUUAAUGGUCAUAAUUCUUUGGAUGGGGAGCAGUUGAUGGAAGGAUUUGGGUACAAUGGUUGUGAGUCUUAAAAAGGAAAAUGCCACCGGAGGUGAAGGAACAGCACCCACUGUUAUCCAGAGGAGUGUGGAAUGAGAAAAAGAAUUAGGAAGUGAAAUUGUGGGAGCUUAGCAAGGACUGAGGUACAGAAGAUACUAGGAGUGAUUGAAUAAAAUUCAAACUACCUGCUAAGAUGAAAAAUUGAGAAGUAGAACAGGGUUGGAAUAGUUUGGGUUGCCCUCUAGACAUCCUGGGCUGUACCGUUGGCAUCCUUUACCUGAAGGAAAAGAGGACUACAUGGAAAAUGCCCUGGACACACCAUCACCAUCUUCUUUCACGACUGCUAAACUUUCAGAUAGAAACAAUUGAUUUACAAGGUGUGCACCUCAUUUCUAUGCUCCUCUACACUUCUGAUGCAGUUCUAUCCAUGCAGUGGUUAGAAUUGCAUUAAAAUUGCAGAGUGGAUUUCGUAAUUUGGUCAUCUCAGCUGGCUGGCCUUGUAGUUUAGGAAUGGUUUGGAUGCCUCCAAUUAUUAUUAUUAUUAUUAUUAUUAUUAUUAUUAUUAUUAUUAUUAUUAUUAUUAUUUCAGGAAUUUCUAUACCGCCUUUCUCCCAGCGGACCCAAGACGUCUCACAACAUAAUUAAAAUAUGCGAAGUAUCAUAAGACCAUUAGCUAAAACAGGCCAUAAAAGUUGCACAAUGCUUCAUAGUAUCAUCCAUCUUAUAAACAGUUAAAUUACAUUAAAAUCUUGCUAAGACUCCCACGUGCAUCUAAAGUGCUAAGACUCGGUUAGAAUUCAAUUACACAUCCUUCUACCCCUUAAAUUCUGCUCCUGAAAAUGCUGCAACCUCUGGCUUCUUGUGGCUUGGCUGUAGGACCAGUAAGCCUUUGUUCAUUCAUAGCAGUUGCUCCUACCCAUUCUGUGGAUUUCUCACAUUUCUCACAUUUUCCCUAUUUUUAUUACCUAUGCUGUGAAAUAGAGAAUUGGUUUCUAAUGAGUGUUCAAGGUCUGGGAACAUAGAUCACGUACUACAAUGUAUGUCUAUACUCAUUUGCUACUUUAACAGACUUUCCAUCUUUCCUUAGAAAAUUUGCACAUUCAGUCCCAAGCCUUUCCCCAGACUCCUAUGAUUUCUUUGGUGUAAGCAACAGCACAGCAAUGUAAACUUAUAUAAUAACUUCUCAUGUAGGCAUGCCUUUUUGGCAAACAUAUCUGGCUAUUUGCCUGGCCUUUUUCUAGAUCUGCUCCACUGGUUCUCAACCGCAGAUCCUUUGGAGCUCAACUCUUAGAAUCAGUCACCAUUGACUCACUGGUGGAGGCUACUGAGAGUUUAAAUCUAAAACAAUUGGAGGAAAAAAGGUUGAAAACCCCAGACCUAGACCGUAGUUAAAAUCCAAAGAAACUGGAGAAUCAUAGUUGAGAAGGCCAAAAAAGGAGUUCACCAAAAGUACAUAAAGAUCCCAAUUUGUAUGCAACUUUAUACUUAAAAAAGAUUAAAUUGAGGAUAGCUUUAUUGGAUAAUGCUUCCUUUCCUAGAUAUGUUGACUAAUUUCCUCUUACACAAAUAUGGUGUGAGGUGUACCAUCUGUAAGCUAUGAAAGAUGCCAAUUGGGCUCUGUAGAAAAGGAGGCAUUCCCAAAAGAUCAUUCACCAUGGAUCAGGUCCACUUGCCAUUUUGUUUGUUGCCGUUAAGCACCCUGUUUUCUACCUCCGAAAUCCUUGCACCCCUUGACUGGGCCGUCAUUCGAUCCGAGACAAUGACUCCUGUGACCAGAGCAUUGCAUGACUGUUGUACCUCCUUUGCCCUGGGAGAGCGGGACUUAAUUAGGAAUGUUUUGAUGACUUGAAACUUUCUGCAUGGAGUGUGGGGCAGACUUUCUUCCUACAGCGUCGUUUCUGAUCAUCCGAGAUAGAGAGGUGCCUCGAGGACAGUGUUGUGCCACUCUCGCUUCCCUGAUGUGUCCGUCACUUUCCGUUCUCCAUUUGCAGUAUUAAUGGCACCCUGCGUUCUCGGCCCCUCUUGCCCCUCCUGUCUUGAUGUGAGGUGAAUGAUUGUGAUCCCAGGUUGAAGUAGUCUGUAACAAUUCCUUUGGAGCGACGAGAGGAAAUUACCUAUGUAGAAUUACGCUGUAUGUAAUGUAUAUACGGAGAGAGAAUGUAUUUUGUUCAUUUUUUUCUUAAUAAAAAAUCAAGCUAG